CCCCGCCCCAGCCCGCCAGCUUAAUUUCUCUGGUCUUCCAGUUGAUUCUCACUUCUGAUUUAUUCUCUAUCUCUCUUUUGCCAUUUUUUCCGUCGAUGGAGAGGCACCGGGGGGAGAGUUACGGCAACCCGAUUGAUCCGCAGCAUCACUAUAGACCUUUCAGAGGCGGCCCCCAAUCGAUGCGCCCUUUCUCCGAGAAUCCAAUGAACCACCAUCAGCACCGCAGCCCUAACAGUUACGGUGGUUCUGACCGUAGAGACCGUCUUGCAUUUGAUAGCCCUCCUAGUUUUCCUCCCGGCCCUGGUGGAACAGGGGUUGGAGGUUUCCGGCCGGUAGGAGGCGGCAGCUUAGGCGAGGUCGGCGGUUUAGGGUAUAAUUCUGCUUACCAAACGCCGCCUGUGACUGGGCAAAAACGAGCUUACCCCUUCCCCGGCAGAGGAGGGGGCUCUCCUGAACACUUUGAUGGAGGUAGCUUUGCGAAACUUUUUGUUGGAUCCGUCCCAAGAACAGUAACAGAGGAUGAUAUCCGACCUGUGUUUGAACAACAUGGGUGUGUGCUUGAGGUUGCUUUGAUUAAAGACAAGAGAACGGGACAACCACAAGGGUGUUGCUUCAUUAAAUAUGCCACUUCAGAAGAUGCUGAUAGAGCCAUUAGAGCCUUGCAUAACAAUUAUACUUUACCAGGGGGGACAGCCCCUAUUCAAGUCAGAUAUGCCGAUGGUGAGCGAGAACGACUUGGUACAGUUGAAUACAAGUUGUUUGUUGGGUCACUGAAUAAACAAGCUUCAGUGAAGGAUGUCGAAGAGAUUUUUUCUUCUUAUGGUCGUGUUGAAGAUGUCUACCUCAUGCGUGAUGAGAUGAAGCAGAGUCGGGGUUGUGGAUUUGUCAAAUACUCAAAUCGGGAAGUUGCAUUGGCAGCAAUUAAUGGUCUUAGUGGAAAGUUCACAAUGCAAGGAUGUGAUCAGCCUUUGACUGUUCGAUUUGCUGACCCUAAGAAGCCCAGAUCUGGGGAAUCAAGGGAUCCAUCAUUUGCGGGGCCUGGUCCCGUGCCUCGCUUUCAAGCGCCUGGAAUUGGACCACAUCCGACUCUUUCAGAGCCUGUGUAUGGACAGAAUGCUCCUAACUCGUGGCGCCCUAUGGGUGCCAUAAGUCCAGGGCCAACAACUAAUGCUCCUAGCAUUCAUGGUAUUGGAAAUCAAUUUUCCCCAAGACCAAAUGGUAUACAAGUGCCUUCCUCGCUGGGUGCCAGCAGCGACAAUUCAUUUCCUGUGCGUCCAGUUUCUUCUGCAUCUAUACCACAACAGGGUGGCCAUAGCGGCAGUGGGGAUAAAUCAUAUCCAGGGCUUACCGCAUCUUCAUCUUCCUCCUCUAUAUCAGAAAAGGGUUCAAACCAGCCUUUGGUGCAAAACAUUUCAGUUGGCCAGCAAAAUUCUCCAUCUCAGAAGCCUCUUCCGUCACCUCAAAACUUGCCAUCUUCACUGCAACCACAAAAUCCAGCUAUGUUGCAGGGCUAUGGCUACACGGAUCCGCGGAUACAUGGAUACGGGCAGCCUCAAGUACCAAUAAUGCCCCUGUCCACCAGUCAAACACCGGUUAGUCAGCAAAAUGUGACAUCUCAGAAUGUGACAUCUGGCCUUGCAAACAACCAACAACGGCCAACUCAACAGACCUUUCAACAUCUUCACCAAUCAUCACCAUCUCAGUUAGCCCAGAUGAUGUCACAACAAACACAAACAUUACAGGCAAGCUUCCAUUCAUCACAACAGGCCUUCUCUCAGCUUCAACACCAACAAAGGCAGAUGAUGCAACCACCGCCUAACCAAAACUUAACAACUCCAACAGCUGCCCCUCAGCAGCAGCAGUCUUCUUGGACCGGGCCCACAAUGCAGCAAUCACCUUCAGUCACUUCCUUUCAGCCUCCUCCUAACCAGGCCAUGGCUGCUUUAAAGUGUGACUGGACAGAACACACUGCACCUGAUGGAUACAAAUACUACCACAACAGUGUCACUGGUGAAAGCAAAUGGGAAAAGCCAGAUGAGCUGACUUUGUUUGAGCAACAACAACAAAAACAACAAGAACAAACAAAGCCUUCUCCAACCAUCCAGCAACCUCAAAUGCAUCCUUAUCCUCAACAAGGCAUAUCUUCACAGCAAGGUUUUCAAAUGCAAGGGCAGUAUCAAAGUCCAAUUCAGAUCCAAUUCCGCCCCCCACAACAUAUGCAACAACAAACAUCACAAGUUUCAUCGUAUCAUCAGGUUCAGGGAAAUCCGGGAAUGACUGUUCAACGAAGUAAUCAGGAACAUUCUUUUUCACAACAUGUAGCUGGGGGUUCAGUAAUUGAUCCGUCGCGUAACCAACAGGGGCAUCAUGCUGGUCAAGAAUGGAUGCCGAAGAGAACAUGAAUCCAAUGCUGCCGGAUUGACAAACCAUGCCCAAUAGACCUCUGGCACAAUGCUCAAGCAUGGCCUGCGCUUAGUGGGUAGGACUUGGGAGGUUCAAGUAGUUUUGAGAUUGAGAUAGUCAAUUUGACAUGUGAAAUGUAAUGUUACAAAAGCAGUGUUGUCUAUUUCUUCCUUUUUUUUUCUUUCUAAAUUAGUUAAUGGCAUGGGGUGCUAGAUCAUUGUAGGAAUACCGAAUACCCCAAUAAGAUAGCUCUGGAUCAAUGAGGCCUUUGGGCUGUGGCAGUGUUGUCUCUGUUUGAGUGUAAUUUUGUUUACAUUUAUUAGUAUCAUAUAUGGCAUAUCCGAAUGUAGAGCCAACCUUAAUUAUCACAAUAAGCUUAAUCGCUUGGCAUUCUUUUACUAUUUGAUGUCGUUUAAUUAGUU